AUGGCAUUAGUAGCUUACCGCCACCUCCUACGCUCAACGCGCAUCGCCUUCCAAGGUGAUCUCCCGCUCCUUAAGGCCGCCCGCCAAGAAGCCCGUAACGGCUUCCUCGCACAGGCAUCGCUCCGUCCAGAAGAUCCAGCUCUGGGGCUUGCAAUAGCGCACGCAGAGCAGGUAUCUAAGAUCCUCGUAGAGAAUAUCGUGCAGGGGAAGAAUCAGGGAGGUGAUAAGUAUAGAGAGGCGAUUGACGGUGACGUAGAGUUGAGAAUACAUGAGAAGACGGAACGAGGGGAUAAUGAUACGAUUAAGAUGCCGAAUGGGCAGAAGGUUGUGCUGGAUGGGAAGACGUGUGCGGAGCGGUAA